AUGUCCGACGAGAAUUGGAAUGAGCUCUUCGGCGAAAAUCUUGAUGACCUUCCUAUAGCACAAACCCAGGUGACCAAACCCCCACAAGAGGGUAAAGAAACACGACUGAGGAAGGGUGUGCUCGACGAUGAAUCGGACGUGUCUACAGGCGGUCAGCCACGUGGAGAUGCUGAGG